UUUUGUAAACAAAAACUUGGGAAUAUGACAGCUUUGGCGUGAAUAUCGGCCGUUAUGUGUUUUUUAUCUUGACAAGUGCUGAUGACAAUCUUAGCAUUUUAGUAUCGACAUAAGCUAUAAAGUACUGUACUUGAAAUUAAAUCAGUUACUUAUCGCUUAUCCAUCUCUCCAUAAUUUGACGCGUACGUAAAGUUACUUGAGUAGAAAAAGAAACAUGGAGACCGUGCACAAAAUUACGUUGGUGAUUCCCCUUUGCUAUGGGCCACCCCGACCAACAACACAGUUGUAAACACAGACGAUCCAUACGGAUGCUGCUCGGCUGUGGCAUGCUGUUUGCCGUUUAUAGAGAGCCCGGAGCAUGAUAACGAACAGAAGUGGACGGAUCUGACGGCAAGGACUGACAUGGAUGGGCAGGAGGGGAAUUUCAUUCGAGGCAUUGUCGAGGGUUUUUAUGGGCGCCCAUGGACUGCUGAGCAGAGGAAGGAGCUGUUCCGGAAAAUGCCCGAGUUUGGUUUGACAUCAUAUAUGUACGCUCCAAAAGACGACUACAAGCACCGCACCAACUGGCGCGAAGCCUACUCGUCCGACGAAUGCGCCGAGCUGCAGGCCCUCAUCCAGGCCGCUGCUCAGCAGCACAUCGCUUUCUUCUACACCCUGUCGCCCGGCGUGGACAUGCUGUACUCCAGUCAGCGUGAUCGCCAGGCGUUGCGCAAUAAAUUUGCCCAGGUAGCCGCCCUGGGCUGUCGCUGCUUCGCGCUGCUCUUCGACGACAUUGAGCCGCAGUUGCAGCCGGCGGACCGACUGGUCUUUGCCUCCUUCGCCGCGGCCCACGUGGCCGUGGCUAACGAGCUAUUCGAUGCGCUGGGCCGACCGGUGUUCGCCUUCUGCCCCACGGAGUACUGUGCCGCGCGGGCCGUCCCCAGUGUUACGACAUCCGAGUAUUUGCAUUGUGUCGGGCAAAAUUUACAACCGGAAAUCGAUAUCAUGUGGACAGGUCCGCAAGUGAUUAGCAAGACGAUUACGGUGGAGUCGUUGCAGGAGCUGGCCAGUGUCAUCCGACGGAAACCGGUCAUCUGGGACAAUUUGCACGCUAAUGACUACGGACAACGGCGUCUCUUCCUGGGCCCGUACUCGCGCGAUCCUGCCAUCGUCCCGUGCAUCCGCGGCGUCUUUACCAAUCCCAACUGCCAACUGGAAGUCAAUUUCAAUGCCUUCUACACUCUGGGCCUGUGGAUUAAAUGCGGUUUAACCGCAAUCUCCGGGGAAAUCGACGACGACAACAACGACAGUGGCACGACGUAUGAGCCGCGGGCCGCAUUGAUGCUGGCCAGCAACGCUUGGCUGAAAGAGUUCCAACAGUGCCAGCGUGUCCCUAACGAUUAUUCGCUGGCUGCACAGGCCAAAUUGAACGAUAUUGGCCUCGUUAACACGGCAGCGUCCGAAACGAAGAGUAAUUUGAUCGAUGUGGAACCCAUGGAUUUGCAGGGGAAGAUGGAUGUAGUGGAGAGGAGAGCAGCAGAGGAUGAUGAUGAUUUAAUGCGCUCGGCCGGCAGCGAUGAGAUGUCCAACGGGAAGGACGCGGGUAAGAAUCAUUUGCCGGCCGAUACGGAGAGACGGAACGAUGAUAUUCAACACACGGGACGUGAUUGGAAUGCGGAUGAAGAAAUGGGAGACCCGGACGAGAACAAAGUCACCGCGGCGGAUUUGCUUCUGCUGGCCGAUCUCUUCUACCUGCCGUUUGAUCACGGCGUUCAAGCCAUGAAACUGCUGGACGACUUCCGCUGGCUGCGUCGCCAUGCCGGCUGGAUGACGGCGUCGCAGCGCGGCGGCCACCAGCAGCAACAGCGGAAGCCAGGCCGGAUGGACGCGGAAUGGCAGCAGCGGGCCAGCGGCUUUGAUGAGCAUUAUGGGCACAUUAAUCGGAUGUGUCUGCGCAUUAGCAACAGCGUCAACCGUAAUCUGGUCUAUGAGCUCUUUCCCUACUUUUGGGAUCUGAAAGGCAUGCUCUCCUUGCUCAGCGCUUUUGUCAGAUGGUUAGGAUCAGCAUCCCAAGAAAGCAGCCCAUUUGCCGAGGAAAUACAAGAGUCUUGGAUUAGAAGAGGUGGUUUGUACGCUGAAUUUCAGCGUCUGCUUCCCUUGGAAAUCUACACCAUUCGUCCGUACCUCCCCGACGACAAAGCGGAAGUGUACGAUAUCUGCCGUGAAUCCUCAAGUAGCCCUUCCAACCUUGUGGACACCAUGGAGCGGUAUCCCGAUGUACUGGGUGACUACACCCUCGGCUGCUUUCUCCACUCUCUCCGUGAUUACUGUUUCGUCAUCGAAGACGACAGUGGAGCGGUGUGCGGAUAUAUCGUGUGCACAACCGACGCCCGCAGUCUGCACAACACCGAGCUCUGCUUCCGGGAAGACCUCCGGAAGAAGUAUCCCCUUGACGCGGACCCGGUGGAACCCGUGGGAGCUCUGCCGGAUUACGUCUACCGCGACUACCCCGGCCAGCUGCGGCUGGGGGUUCGCUCGAACGUUAACGAGGCGGACGUUGUGCGACGGUUGGUCAGCUUUGCCCUUAAUACGCUAGAGAUCAACGGGGCGGCGGCGGCGCAUGCACUGGUGGAACGCGCAGGGCCGGCACAUGUACAAGAGAUGAUGGGAAACAUGGGCUUUGAAACGAUGCCGCCAGAAGAGCAGAAUCUCAAGAAUUUCGUGCUGAUGGCGCGCAGUGGGAAUGUAUAAAGUGGGAUCUAUACGCACAACGCAAUGUGGGAUUUAGACUGGGAUUUCAGUUUUUCUGUUUGCACUUUUACAGUAUGUCUUUGCACGCGGUUUUGAAAUGGGAUUGUAAUAGAUUUGGUUUUAUGGUUUUUAGAUCUUUCAGUCUGGUGAUUUUUUGUGGAUCCGUAUUUUUUUGAAUGCUCGAAUCUGUAAUGUCACUUUUGUGAUGGGCUCACUAAUGGGCGAAACGAUGUUGCGGUGUAAACGGAAGUUACAGAUACCCACCGAAUACGUUUUUUUUAGCAAACGUAGGGCAAGAGAACAAUAAAUUUUACAGC